CGCUGAGUAUCUCUACUUUGCGCUUCCUCUAAUCACCUGACAGGGUUGCCUCCUCUUUUUCAGCUCCCCGGCGCUGAACCAGGUGAAGUAUUCCAGGGAGUGGACUAAAGAGCUGUCAGCAGCAGAGUCCAAGUAAAGAAACCCGCCUGAGGGUACCGGAUCGGUCGAAGAGACUGUUUCAGGUGGCUGAGUUGCGAUGCGCCGCGUGCGUGAUUAGGGAACGUCGCCUCUGUGGAUUGAAAAAGUGAACGGUCGUCCUCGCAGACCGGGACAUCCGUUGUCCAGCUCACACUUGAAGGAUUUCUUUCUUCCCUUUUAAAAAAUUCUUUCUCGGAAUCAUGAAAGUAUCGCCCACGGACCGGAGGAAAACCGUGCGACAGCUGGCUUUGGAGAUCGGCAUCCGGGUUCUGCUUUUCGGAGUUUUUGUGUUCACAGAGUUCCUGGAUCCUUUUGAGAGAGUUAUACAACCCGAGGAGCUCUGGCUCUACAAGAAUCCUCUUGUGGAAUCAGAUCACAUUCCCAAGAGGGUCAUGUUUGCCAUUUCAUUCCUAACUCCGCUGGCAGUGAUAUUUGUGGUGAAGAUUAUUCAGAGGACGGACAGGACUGAGAUCAAAGAGGCAUGUUUAGCUGUGUCCCUCGCCCUCGCCUUGAAUGGAGUCUUUACAAAUACCAUUAAGCUGAUUGUCGGCAGACCAAGGCCAGAUUAUUUCCAGCGCUGUUUCCCAGAUGGGCAAAUUACUGACAAGAUGGCAUGCACUGGGGAGCCGCGGGUGGUCUCUGAGGGACGAAAGAGCUUCCCCAGCAGCCAUUCCUCCUUUGCCUUCUCCGGACUUGGUUUCACCUCCUUCUACCUGGCAGGAAAGCUUCAGUGCUUUACAGAUCAGGGUCGAGGUCGCAGCUGGCGCCUCUGUGCCAUGGUGCUGCCUCUUUACAGCGCCAUGAUGAUUGCGUUGUCACGAACAUGCGACUACAAACACCACUGGCAAGACGCCUUUGUUGGAGGAGUGAUCGGGUUGCUGUUCGCCUACAUCUGCUACCGCCAGCACUACCCCCCCUUCCUGCACACGGACUGCCACCUGCCUUACGCCAGCCUGCCCACUGCCUCCACAACGCCCCCGCCUCCUCAGGACGACCCACUGCCCACCGACAACGCCACCACCCUUCCUAUGGAGGGCUUGACUAAGGGGUCGGUAUGACUAGCGGCCUCCAUCGAGACGAGCCUCAACACUGUCACUAAACCACCAAGCCCGCCUCCCUAUUCCUAGUGAAUGACUGAUUCUUAAAAACAUUCCAGUGGACAGCUCAGCCAUUUUCAGUCUACAACUCUACGUCUCGGUGACACCAACAUUCAGUUGUAUUUUUUCAUUUCCUUUUUUUUUAAAGUCUGUUUCCUAAACAGCAGUCAUUAAGGUCUGUUUACAGAUGUAGUUGAUACGGAGUAUCUCUGCUGAGAAUGAAGGGAAAACCCGGCGAAACAUUGUCCCUUAACCUGUGAGGCAGGAUGACAAACGUUGGUCUUUUCCACUGAAAACUUUUGCCUAAUGAAAGGUGUGGUUAUCGAGUUGAUUUGUGCUUCAGCUAAAUUAUUUAGAAACAAACAGCUGGAGGGGCUGGAGAGAGAAAACCCAUAAAAUGUCACAGCAAUUAAGCUCCCAAAAGAAAUCCAAAUUAUUGGAAUACUUUUUAUGUCACAACAAAUGAUGGUUUCUUAUCUCAACUGGUGGCAGAAACUAGACCGCAGUCUGUUAAAUGGACGUGUCUGCCAUUUUGAAAUGUGGUUUUGGGUAAAAAAGUAAAAGGUUGAUAAUCAGGAGAAAUAACUUUGAUCUCCUAUAGGACUGAUGAACAGGGUUAGGGUAAUCCAAACGCUAGAACCAAAAUGUGUUUCUGCUGUAUCAAAUCCAAUCCAAUCCAAUUUUAUUUAUAAAGCGCAUUCACAAGGCAUUACAACCAAACAAGGCGCUGUACACUAAAAAUGUUGGUUAAUUAAACUGGCGUUAUACAAACAUGUCGAACACAGAUAAAAGAUAAAAAGGAAAUACAACAAAAUUCCCAAAAAUAACAGCUAAAAAUCAAUAAGACACAGGGUGAAUAAAAAAUUAGAAAAACAUUUUAAAAAAGAACCUCAAUAGUACGGAAGUCGAUAAUUGUGGAGUCCAUUUUUAAACAGUGCAGAUGUGAGUGAGGUUCAUAAUUAUGUGGUAUAAGCUAGGUUGAAGUAGUGAGUUUUCAGGCAUGAUUUAAAAAUGCUAGCUGUUGGUGCUAGCCUCACUCUCCUAAUUUAUCAGCAUUUUUACUGACACUGUUUAUCCAUUUCACAUUACGUGGUUAUUUUGGUAAAAGCGUUGGGUACGUACUGCAGGAUUCGCCUGAAGUGCUGCAUUUUUCUAGUGGUGGUGAUGUUGACACUUACUGGACAACAACUGUGCUACAGCAGUCAUGUAAAGGUUGAUAAUACAUUGUGCAAUCAGCUGAUUGUUUAUGGGCAUUGCAGGUAAAUCACAUUAAUUCACCAUUAUCUGACUAACUGUAGUAAAACCUACAGAACAGGCAGCUGAAAACUAUUUGAGUUGCUAAAGAGUCUGGGGCUAGUGUAACGUACCAAGAUGCUCCUGUUCUAAACAAAGAUGGCCGUGUCUUCAGUCCCACUCGUUUCUGAUAGAAAUAUAACCAAGGUGUUCUAAGAUGCAGGUGAUUUGACUUGAAGGAGAAGCAGACGCUUUGUUCCAAACCGUUUUUCGCUAAACAAAAGGUAGAAUUGGGGCAGCAGUAGCUCAACAGGUUGAGCGGGUUGUCCAGUAAUCGGAAGGUUGCAGGUUCGAUCCCGGCUCUGGACAGAGAAUUCUGCUGUUGUGUCCUUGGGCAAGACACUUAACCCACCUUGCCUGCUGGUGGUGGUUGGAGGGACCGGUGGCGCCUGUCAGUGUGCCCCAGGGCAGCUGUGGCUACAUCGUAGCUCAUCAUCAUCUGUGUGUGAAUCUGUGUGUGAAUGGAUGAAUGAUGAUGUAGUGUAAAGCACUUUGGAGCCUCUGUUGCAAUUCAAACGGAUCAAAACGACGCCAUGUUAAUCCACCCAUAGGCAAAAGUACACUGUGAAUACAUGACACCACUCUUAAUUUCAAAUAAAAAGAAUACAUGAAUUUUAUACUUUUCGCAAAACAAGAUGAAUUUCAGAGAAAACCCAUUAAGCUACAAUGGCAAAUCAAGCUAACUUAAUACAUUUUUUUCAUGCCCCUAAACAACGUUCUGUAAGGGAAAGAGGUUCUUACAUUUUAUUUAACGAGCCGUAAGGCGUGGGAUUCCAUAGUAAAUAUGAAAUCCACCUUACAGAUUGAGGGUUGUUUAAACCAGAAGAUCGGAUCACAGAUUAUGUAACCGUUAUGUAUUCACUCAGAGACACAGAAUAGAGAGAGCCAAGUUUAAAAUUACUAACAAUUAAACUAGGCUGAUUUCAGAACUAAGUGUAUAGUGUAACUAAAAAUGGAUGAGGCGGUGAAUGGUUGACGUGUCGAGUAAAUCAAAACCAGCAAAUCCGAAGAAGCGAUUAGUUCUGACGGGAACUGAAGAUGUUGUUUUGAAAUAAGCUUGGAUUAGUUUCAGAAACUGCAUGAGACACCAUCAAGUCGCGUCUACCUGCCUUGUGGAAGUCCUCGGGAGAUCAGGAAUGCCGAGGCCCUAUCAGACCCUCUCUGGAAACCGAGCUGGUAGAAGAAGCCGCGGCUCUGACCAGACCCGUCCUGAGUUACCUCCGGCACACUUUUAUUGGCAUCUGUUCAGACCCAGCCUGGGUCGGUGGAGCUUUUAUUCUGAAAGGAGCUGUUGUUGCCUCUGGUUGUUAUAGCGACUGGAUUUUCAGCUUGUCGUGGUUCUUUCGGUUGAAGAGUUAAAGGUCGGAUUGGCCACUCCGACGCUUGCUCUGGAACACUUUGAACUGGCGUUAGAGCGGACGUGGCGUAGUUUUAUACCUCGGAUGUUAUGGUUUAUUGUCAAAUGAAAAUUACCAAACACCUGCAGAAGCACGCCUCCGUCAGAUCUGUAAAAUUCUGAUUGGAUCAGUGAAAGAAUGUAUCAUGUCUUUUUAACACUAUGUGAAAUGAGUCCUGUUGGAAUCCUUAAAGUGAAAGUACUUCAUUUCUAAGAUCAUAAUAAAGUAAUUAAUAUUUUAAUUUCACAGGUUGGUCACAUGUUAUUAUUGACUAACACUUUGAUGGAUUGGCUUUAUUAAAAUAGAGUUCUUUGAUUAAUUAAAAGAAAAGAGUUCAUUCUUCGCUCUUCUGUCUUCAUUGCUGGAACGUAAACAGUUUAGAAGCGAAUGCAUGACCUUGAGGCUGCUUCAUGCACUCUGGGACUGUGUCAGAAGGAAACAGCUGUUAGAGGGUAGAAAUGGCUCCUUCAUCACGUUACAGUUCUAACAUAGUACAUCUAUAGGUAUAUUGUGGAGAAAAGAAAGAAAAAAGUGUUUCUCUUGCAUUUGUCUAAAAAAUUCAGCCAAUAACACGACUCGGUCCAAAACCAACGACUGAACUACCUGGUUGUCGGUCUCGCUGAACCGCUGUACAUCUAUAUUUACCUGCGUCCACCACUCAAUACACACACGUAUUUAGCACCAGAACACCAGUGGUGUGAGAGGUUCUCCACUCAAUUAUAUCAGAGAAGGAGAAACAGCCGGCUGCUGCCACUUCAACUUUAGGACAAACAAGAGCCCCAAAAAGAAAAACUUAGACUUAGAAAACAGCGACUGGUGUUUAGCAUCCCCUCGAUCCCUCUGGCAAUGCAUGUUCCUGUACCGUUGGGACGUGGCCUAGGGAUGAUAUCUGAUGGGAGUGGUGAGAGAUCGGUGUUUGUGUUUAAAAUCUAGCUUGUUCUGCAGAUUUGGUAAAGCAGCUUUAAAUCAGGACAUUUGGAUUUCACUAUGGAUAACCCUAACCCUAUCAGCUCACUAGUCUAGUCCUGUUGUAACAGCCAGCUCCUCUAAGGUGGUUCAAUGGGCAAACCAAAUCCCAUCUCAAAAAUAUCACAUCAAUGUUUGGACUUUAUUUAAUAAUCUUUUACAUUGUUGUUUAUUUCACAACACACAAAUGUUCUAGCAGAAAUAUUAUAACACUGGGAUUGUCCCAGGCUGCAUGGGAGACAGCUGCAGCUGUUUGUGUAGAAAAUGACCAUAAAACCUUUUUAAAACUGUAUAAUGCUAAAUUUUCAUCUGCACUUUAAAAAGCUGCUGCAGUAAGUAACAUCCAUGCCUUCUGUUAUUUAUUUUUGACCUUUUUAUUGCAAACAUUAGGCAUAGAAGCUUUGCCUUGUCGGAGAAGCAGUGGUCCAUGUCAGAGCCACUGUUCAAUAUUCUGUCUGGUUCCAUUUUCCUGGACUUGCCCGACCUGCUCAUGCCUCCAUUCAUGUCUCCCUCUCUUUGUCCCAUCCUGUCAAAAACACAAUUGUAUUUUUCACCAGCGUGGCUUUUAACGCAUGUUCAGAGGUUGCAUGGGGACAUGGACUCUCAAUGAGUGCAAUCAAUUACCAGCAGGUGGGAGUGGGUUUGCAGAAGAGAGUCUCGACAGGCACAAGCUCCAAUCUGAUUCAGCAUUAAUCCUCAUUAAGUGAGGUCAGCCCGUGCUGCUUAUGAGAACAUUAGAGCUGCCCUGUUAAAGUCCCCCAGCUUUGCAAAUAGCUUUCAGCUCACUGACCCUCACAAAUAGACAAUCUAGCAUUGAGCCAGAGGCGUUUAUCAACCUGGGAUGAUAGGCUUAAUGUAUUAUUCAUCCGUUAUACUUACAUUAUUUAUUAAUAUAAGGACAAAGUGUUCAAUGAAGAUGACACCAAAGAUUUGAAGAGAUUUUUUUCUGCCAGGGUUGGAAGCUUUAUCAGCAAAGAUGGCAGGGAGAUUCCUUACUGUGACAUUAAUGGGAAAGUGUGAUUCCAGCCUACCUGAGCUCAGAACACAGCACAUGUUGCAGUAUCAGUAAGCAGAGCUGUUGUAUAGCAAUGGUUCGGAAGAGUUUGGUUCAUGGCACAAUACCGGAAAAGUGUGAUGCUUGUUUUCUUUACACACCUUUUGCCACCUUCAAGUCGGCUACAGCUACGUCUCUUCAGCUCUUUUGUAGCUUUUUGCUGUGUAAGUGUGUAUAUAUGUGCGUUUGACAAAGCCCAUUCCACAAUGAUGCAAUACAAAUUGAGAUCUAGCUAAGGAAACAGCUGUCACCAGAAGGCAAAAACUGGACUCUACACCUCAGACUCAGUGAACGGACCUGACGAGACUCUGACCCCCAAAUUCCACUACCUCCGCUCCGCUCCGACACGAACGCCGGAGCAAAAUCGGUCCCGUUGUAGUCAAUCAGAGCAAUUCCACUACUGCGGCUGUGCUUCGGCAGUGCGGCGCCGUGCGCCGCCCUCUGUUCCGGCGUCCGGCAAAAAUAGAAUCGAUCCUAUUUUCGCCGGACGCCGGAGCACCUCCGCAGUAAAUGGACAGAACUCACAACCGCCCAACAGGAAAAGGAGCGGGCACAACUUCCGUUUUUCACAAUAAAUCGAUAAACAAAAGGCAUUUUUUGUUUCAUAUGCACAGGUUUAACAACUUUUAACAACUAUCAAUGGCGGCUGAAGUUUAAAUGCACAAAAGUAAGCCAUAAAUACAGUUUCUACUAUCAAAGUAGUCACACUUUGUUGAUCCAAACACUGCUGAUCUCUCAACACAAAUGAUGGGCAGAUUAAACAGUUCAUGUCGAUGCUUCUCCCACACAACGGGUGUUUGGAUCUAACUUCCGCGUUUAUUGCUCGGACUGUAUCGCAAGAUCUCGAAAAUCCCGCGCAUGCUUGUUUGCCCCCCUCAGGUCUCCGCACCGGAGCGGAGCCGUUGUAAAGCGGGUACCAGUAAAAAUUGAGUUCGGAAGCGAGCGGCUGCGGAAGGCGGGGGCGGACCGGAGCGGAGCGGAGGUAGUGGAAUUUGGGGGUGAGAGGUUGCUUUAACAGCAGGUUCCUCUUGCUGUAAUGGCCCAAACUUUAGAGAUUGAAACAAGUGCUGGUUUAAAAAAAAGUUUGCUGCUUCUGUGAUUUUUAGAUUUUUGUCAGAUGUUUAUGUGGUUUACUGAGCUAUGUUGACAAGCUCUACAGAAGUUUAAAUGACUUUUAUUGACAGUUACGAUAAGUCGAUAUUUGCAGGGCUGGUUCUUUUUCUGAAGUAGACCCUGACAUGCUACAUGUGCACGAUCAACGUCUGGACCAAGUUCUGCUUGACAUUUGAGAAUUGGCUGGGUUUUUGUUUGUACACCUUCCUUUUGUGGAUUUAUUUUGUAUUGAAUUUAAGAUCUGAGAAGAGUCCUGUUUGUAGGCCCAAAUUCAUGAGUUUUCUGCCUCCAGAGCAACCAACUUCUCAUUUUAGUCGUUUUCAUGCUGUAAAAGACUUGGUACAUUACUGAACAGUUCAGUGAUGGCUGUUUUAAAAGACAAGUUCACUGAGAAGCCAAUUUUUAAUAGUUAUUUUUUAAAUAUACAUAAUAUGGUCACUCUGAGUUUGUCUCACAGGCUGAACAUGAAAAUAGUUUCUUCCCUUUUUUCCUGCUUUAGCGUCUGAUGGAAAACAGACGGUGAAACUCUGGGAUUAGAAAUCCUGACAGAUCUACAUCACACUGUCACUAACAUUCAUGGACUCACUCAUCUUGACUCAUGAAGGAGAAGACUGUUGUUGGUUUAGCGUCAGGGAAACAGCUGAGAAUGUCUCGGCUAGUAGCAGUAGAAGCUAAUCGUUAGCAUUAGUAACUCUAUAACACUAAAAAUAAAAAAAGACGUUGCAGAUUAGUCAGUCAGUGGUAGAGUCAUGUUGCUGUUAGCCAAUCAGAGGUGAGAUGUCCAAGUAUCAGUCCUGCUGUUUUCUGUGUCCUUCUAUUCUAGCAAACGUCUACUCCCUGAAACAUGAACACCAGAGCUUUUUUUCCCCAACGAGAACGACUCAAGGCAUUCAUUUAUUCUAGAGGCCACUGGGAAUGUACUGAAAAAAAUGGGUGAACUUGGCCUUUAGACCACUCUUUUCCUGAAUACCCCAAACAAUUAGAAAGUUCAGUUACCAGAGAAAACUACCUUCCCUCAGAACACUAAAGUCCAAUCCCUGGAACUUCAGCAGAAUAUCAGUCCAUGUCUGCGGGUUUUUAUGCUGUGAAGUGGCUUCUUUGCUGCCCUAAUUAACUUCAGACCCCCCCCCUCCCCUGCACUGUGGUGCAGAUAUGUGCUGCCUUUUCUGAGCGAGCUCUAUCCUGGUGUUACUCUGAUCCUAAGGCUGGUUCAGUGUUCUGGCAUUGCUGGACUUGCAGGACAAUUAAACGUUAGGAUUGGAAUUUUUUAAUGAGAAAGACGGCCAUUGCAUUCGAUUGAUUAUUCUUUAUAUCAUUCUGGAGUCAUUCAAAGCUUACAUCUUAAUAAUUCUAACUUUGUUGUCAGUAAAACUUGAGGUUGAUCUCUAGGCUUUUGGCCAUGUCCGAACGGUCUUUCAGCACGAAGCUGGAGAUCUGAUAGUAGGUAAGAGGUAUCUGCUGGAUUUAAAAGCAGGAUCAGAUUCUGUUCCCUUUUUUUUGCUUAAACUGGCAGUUAGAAGUCUGUGCUUUGCCAUGUAGUUUUACUUAAGUGUGUUCGAAUCUAAAAAUGAUCAGAUUUUGGUGUAUUUUUCCUUGUAAUGAUUCAGUUUGUUGAUUUAAAUCCCACUAAUCUUGAAACCAAUCCAUUGUCAGUUUAAUUUGGUGCUAUAGGAACAUUUGUAGCAAUAUCUGCUGCCUGUUUCAGAUGGUGGAUGUCUAAUUUAGACACGUAAAAAUGAUCUCGUAAGGAGAGAAACAACAAUGUUGGCUCUAAAUACGGUAAUCUUUAUGUUACAUCAAAUGCAACCAGUGUUUGUUACUGUGUGAAAUCUCUUUUAACCACAUUUCGUCCAUAGCAAAAGGACAAAAGUAAUGAAAACAUUUUUUAACUUAAUGACUUGUGGCUAGAUGUCUGAAGAACAAAUGAGUGUAAGAAUCUUUGUCCAUGGCAUGCGAGUUCCAUUUGUGAGAAAAUACUUUUCUAUGAAUAAGCAUGCUGGGCCUUGAGAACUCUGAGCUGUGCUUUGCUGUUUGUAUACUUUGUGUACAAUAAAAUACUUCAGUUGUGUGAACUUUAUCCAUGAUGUGGAAUAGGGGUUAUAUUGUGUAAUAAGAAAAUAUAUUACUGGUAACUUUGAGGAGAUUUACCAUAAAUCUCCGGACAGAGAAUUCUGCUGUUGUGUCCUUGGACAAGACACUCAAUCCACCUUGCCUGCCGGUGGUGGUCGGAGGGACCGGUGGCGCCUGUGCUCGGCAGCCUCACCUCUGUCAGUGUGCCCCAGGGCAGCUGUGGCUACAUUGUAGCUCACCACCAUCAGUGUGUGAAUGUGUGUGUGUGAAUGGAUGAAUGAUACACUGUAGUGUAAAGCGCUUUGGAGUCCUUACUCUGAGAGGCACUAAACAAGUGCGGGUCAUUCAUUUAAGCUAUAUUGUCAUGAUCCUGUUCCUGCCAAAGACCUGUUGCCACAGCAACCACUGCCGCACCUCAUCAGCUCCAUUCAUUCCACCUGUUCCGUCAUCAACCUUAUUCACCACACCUGCUCCUCCUGCUAUUUAAUAUCCACUCAGCCACCCAGCCAUUGCCAGAUUAUCGAACGUUCUCCUAGUAGAUACUCCAGCAUUCUCUUACCUUGUCUCCUGAUCCCGACUCUGCUCCGUCCCUGACCUUGAUUAUUGGAUUAUCCUGUUGGCUCCGACUCUCCUCCGUCUCCGAUUCUUGGAUUACCUUGUCUGCACCGCUGCCUUUCUGAUCCUCUGGCUCCGACUCUGCUCCGUCCCCGACUUCGCUUCCUGGAUCUCCCUUGUGGAUUAUUCUCUGUUUCAGAUCUCCCGGUAACGACCUCCUGCCUCUUGACAUUGCCUUCGCCUCUCUCCUUUUAAUAAACUUGUUUAACUGUCAUUCUGUGUUGGGUGUUUUUACGGAUCAGCCAGUCAGCUCGUUACAUAUAUACAUACUAUAUAUUUACAUAUGUCGGAAGGUUUGUCUGGCUGCAUACAGUGGUGUGGAAAAACUCUUUGCCCCCUUCCUGAAUUCUUAUUCUUUUGCAUGUUUGUCACACAAAAUGUUUCUGAUCAUCAAACACAUUUAACCGUUAGUCAAAGAUAACACAAGUAAACACAAAAUGCAGUUUUGAAAUGAUGGUUUUUGUUAUUUAGGGAGAGAACAAACUCCAAACCUACAUUGCCCUGUGUGAAAAAGUGAUUGCCCCUCUUGUUAAAAAAGAACCCAACUGUGGUGUUUCACACCUGAGUUUAAUUUCUGUAGCCACCCCCAAGCCUGAUUUCUGCCACACCUGUUUCAAUCAAGAAAUCACUUAAAUAUGAGCUGCCUGACACAGAGAAGUAGACCAAAAGCACCUCAAAAGCUAGACAUCAUGCCAAGAUCCAAAGAGAUUCAAGAAUGAGAACAAAAGUAACUGAGAUCUAUCGGUUUGGUAAAGGUUAUAAAGCCGUUUCUAAAGCUUUGGGACUCCAGCGAACCACAGUGAGAGCCAUUAUCCACAAAUGGCAACAACAUGGAACAGUGGUGAACCUUCCCAGGAGUGGUCGGCCGACCAAAAUUACCCCAAGAGCGCAGAGACAACUCAUCCGAGAGGUCACAAAAGGUCCCAGGACAACUUCUAAAGAACUGCAGGCCUCGAUUGUCUCAGUUAAGGUCAGUAUUCACGACUCCACCACAAGAAAGAGACUGGGCAAAAAUGGCCUGCAUGGCAGAUUUCCAAGAUGCAAACCACUGUUAAGCAAAAGGAACAUUAGGGCUCGUCUCAGUUUAGCGAAGAAACAUCUCAAUGAUUGCCAAGACUUUUGGGAAAAUACCUCGUGGACUGAUGAGACAAAAGUUGAACUUUUUGGAAGGCAAAUGUCCCGUUGCAUCUGGCGUAGAAGUAACACAGCAUUUCAGACAGAGAGCAUCAUACAACAGUAAAAUAUGGUGGUGGUAGUGUGAUGGUCUGGGGUUGUUUUGCUGCUUCAGGAACUGGAAGGCUUGCUGUGAUAACUGGAACCAUGAAUUCUACUGUCUACCAAAACAUCCUGAAGGAGAAUGUCCGGCCAUCUGUUGGUCAACUAAAGCUGAAGCCAUCUUGGGUGCUGCAGCAGGACAAUGACCCAAAACACACCAGCAAAUCCACCUCUGAAUGGCUGAAGAACAACAAAAUGAAGACUUUGGAGUGGCCUAGUCAAAGUCCUGACCUGAAUCCUAUUGAGAUGCUAUGGCAUGACCUUAAAAAGGCGGUUCAUGUUGGAAAACCCUCAAAUAAAGCUGAAUUACAACAAUUCUGCAAAGAUGAGCGGGCCAAAAUUCCUCCAGAGCGCUGUAAAAGACUCGUAGCAAGUUAUCGCAAACGCUUGAUUGCAGUAAUUGCUGCUAAGGGAGGCCCAACCAGUUAUUAGGUUCAGGGGGCAAUUACUUUUUCACACAGGGCAAUGUAGGUUUGGAGUUUGUUCUCUCCCUAAAUAAUAAAAACCAUCAUUUCCAAACUGCAUUUUUGUGUUUACUUGUGUUAUCUUUGACUAAUGGUUAAAUGUGUUUGAUCAGAAACAUUUUGUGUGACAAACAUGCAAAAGAAUAAGAAAUCAGGAAGGGGGCAAAUAGUUCACACCACUGUAUUUUUGUCUGUGAGAAUGAACACAAUAAGCAAAAAAGCUGAACUGUGCGAGUGAGCAGUUUAUAGCACAAAAGCACAAGAACCACAUAGUGAGAUAGGAAAUAAUAUGAACAGUAACUAAACAUUAAAUGCUCUAAAUACGGGGGCCUUGUCUGUAUUUAUCGGGGCUAGAGGAGGUCCUUGCCCAGGGCGCCAUUCACUCUGGAGCCACCACUGGGUGGAGAAUGGGUUUGUUUCUGACAGAACUUCAGAACAGCUUUAUUGGAGUUGAACACAUGACAGAGGAAAAAGAUCGAGCUUUGAGCACAUUUUCUUAUAAAUGUACAAAUUACUGAGCUUAGACUCAUUCAAGACACUUGAAUGAGUUUAUGCUUUAGUAAUUUGCCUUCAGGUUGCACUGAUGGAGCUUAAAGUGUGUGUGUGUGUGUGUGUGUGUGGUGUGUGGUGUGUGUGUCCCAUAAUAUGACAAGUUUUAUUUUUCUGUAACGCACACUUAUCUUUCAAAAGCACGUUAAUGCUGCUCAUUGUUUACAGAAGUUGGACUAGACUUCUGUAACAACCAGGGCUGGAGGACCCGUGAAAGCACCAGACACAGUAAGACACUUUAAAGUUUUUAUUUGAGAACACACAGGGGAGUGUUACCAGUCUGUAGGAAGCGCAGAAGCAGAAGGCUUGGUCAGGAGGGGAAAUCCAGAGGCAGAGUCCAUGUAACAGAUCCAAGGUCAGGAGUCCAGAAGAUCAGAAACUGUGAGAUAAUCCAGUCAGGGAGCAGGCAGGUGGCAAGGUCGAGGUUCAGAAGCAAGGUCAGGAACUUGAGGCAGGGUUUUAGAAUGCUGGAGAAUCUACUAGCAAAUGCUUUAAAAAUCUGGCACUGGCUUGGUGUUUUUCCUGAUGUUAUAUAGAGGUGGUUGCAGGUGGAGCUGAUGAGUUAAUGUGAGACAGGUGGUUUGAAUCAGGUAGAUGAUGAGCUGGUUGUGGUUGCUGGGGAAACCAGGCCUGGCUGGAGCGGUGGCAUGACAGACUUCUGCCCACAGUAUCUCCAAUGUUUAUCGCGCACGGUGGAAUAUCAACAAGGCUGAAAUGUUUAUUUUUUUUUAAAAGGUCUAUUUUCACCCCUGUCAUUGUAUCUGACGUUUAUGCUGUCUCUUAAGUCACUUGAUGCUGACUCAUGCAUCAUUCAAGCAAUAUUAAAUUCAAAGGAUGAGCUGACUUUGUGUCUAACAACAAAUUUACAGAAACAACUCAUUUUAAAUGGUGUGUUCAGACCUUUAGCCACAGAUACUUUAGUUAAAUGUUUUAAAUAAUAAACAUGAGGUUUGUGCACCAGUUCACUGAUUUGCAUUGGGAUGUGUGCCGAAUCACGGCAUAAGCUGUAUCAGCAUAGUGGACAUCUAAAAGCCAAACACAUGAAAGAAAUGUUUAUAAAAACACUGUCUAAAACAGAAAAGUUAUUUUUGAAAGGAGUGACUUAAACGAUUGAAAAGAUAUCCAUCAAAGAGCAGCACCACAAACCCGAAUAACCUCGGUGAAUGUUGAUGAAUAAGCACGUCAAGACGGGAGAACUUUUCUCACAGAAACAGAGAAAUCACCAACUUGGUGCAAAAGCGCUAUUUUAUGUGAUGACGUAGAGUUUUGUGUAGACUUGGUGAACUGAAUGGUAGCAAAUAAAUUCACUUUGUGACAGGGUGCCUAUGGUACAUUCCCAAGUUGUCCGUUAUGUGUUGGUGCAAUUCUUGCUCAUUGGGUUCGUGUGGUUUCUUUCUACAGUGAUUCAAAGGUGAAGAUGCUUAAACAUAACAUGUCUUUGAAAAGUGUGAUGGACAAGAACUGGGCUGAAAAUAAAUGACAAAUCAGGCUGGUGAUCUACGGCUCAAGGACAUUUUAGAACAUCACAAUAACGUCUGACUGAAAGCAAAAUACAAAUGAAGAGGUUGAACAAGACAUUUGACUGUACUGUUAUGGCGUGUGACUCAUUCCGCUUGAUGCAUCUGGUCUGAGUCAGUAAUAAAUGCAUUAAUUUUAGGCCUGACAACUGCAGCUGUAAAUGACUCUUCUGGAUUUUUUAAACAAAAACUUUGCUUUACUUCCCCUUAAAGUACUGUCCACCCCUUCUGAAUAAUAAGACGACACAUCAAUAACGUUGCUGAAAAUAUUGUCCCUCUUCAGUGCAUUUAUGGGCUGCUUCAGUGUUUCUCAUUCAGAGCUUAAUAAAGUAGAAUGGCAUUUGGAAAGAGCACAAAGCCUCAAGGCUGUUGGGGAUGAGAGAAAAAUGAAAAACCCUGUUGAAUAUAGUUGGCUGAAACUUUGUAGGCAAUGAAAGAAGUGACAAAGCAUCUAAUGGGACUUUUGAGGGCAACUUUUGUAGCAAAAGUCAUAAAGCUGUCAAUGUAAAAGUACCUUCUAGAGUCCGAUUUAAACAGAAACCCCUUAGGCCUUAAGCCACCAAAGGAUCACACACAUUUCACAGAUGUUCAGUAUAAAGGAGUUAUUUUACAUCUAAUUAAUGGACCAUAAGACGUAAGGUUCCAUAUUAAAUAUGAAAUCAAUCUUACGGACUGUUGGGUUAUUUUAACCAUAAGAUUGGAACUUUUUAUUGCAGGGAUUAUGUAACACUUGUAUUAACUGAGAGAAAAGAGAAGAGAGAGUAACCUUUAAAACGUUUAAGAAGAUUUAUUUCUAAAAAUUUUUAAAGAAUUUUAACAAGACUAACUCUAAACUCUAAAUGAUGAAUGGGUCUGUUGUAAUGAGACGUGAGAUGAAUGGUGUAUGUGUGAGUGAUGUUGUCAUCAGAACUCUCGUAUCCGAAGAAGCAAGUCUGAAUGAUGUUGUGAUGUUUUGCUCUUAAGCUAUGAUCGGAGUUUCAUAAACACAUGAGACGCCAUUUUGUCACUCCACACAUACCCUUCAGGAUGAGACCUCCGUACAGAUCCAGAAUGCCAGGUCCUCGGACCCCCCUUUCGGUACCGGAGCCGAUGAAACGGCGUCAGCAGUACGACAGACUAGUCUUUGGAUUGUCUCCAGGUAAAAAGCGACAGUUGGUUGACAGCGUCAGAUGGACCCGGAGGGUCAGUGAGUUCAGCUUUUAUUCUGAAAGGAACCAUUACUUGGUUGGUAAAAUGCAAGAGAUUUUAUCCAGCUUGUUGGUUCUUUGCUUAAAAAGGAAGUCCGGGUGGCCGGUCCGAUACUUCUGUUAGAAUGCGGUGAACUGCAGAGAGCUCCAGAGAACUCCCGUGAACUCUUGAGAACUGUUGAGAACUGAACUAAGAUGACGUGGGGACUGGUUUUAUUCAUCUGGAUGUUUUGAUUUCUGGUCAAAUCAAAGUUGGCAGGUACUCAUGGUCUGGAAUGUUUGAGUACACGCCCCAAGGCAGGAACUCAUGGUCUGGAAGUUGGGAUAGUGGAAACAAGCCUGCUUAUUUAUUUAUCAGUGAGUCGUGGUGGAUGGCUGCUUAUACUGAGCCAGGAUAAUCUGGAGGUUUCUUCCUGUUAAAAGGGAGUUUUCCUCUCCACUGUCAUUAAAUGCUUGCUUAGUAUGAGGAUAGCUGUAAAGACACUGACACAAGUCAGUGACUCGAUGCAACCUGCUGAGUUCCUUAUAUAGGAAACUUUUUACUGAUAGGCUUAAUGAACUGACCUGUGUUGGAAUGUUUACUAUGUGAAGUGCUUUGAGAUGACUCUUGUUGUGAUUUGGCGCUUUAUAAAUAAACUUGAAUUGAAUUAUUUACUGUCCUUGGAGCUACAAGUAGCUGGUGGCUGCAGAAGAAAGACUGAAGGAAAUAUACUAAUAUGCUACAAUGCUGCCGUCAGUAAAAAGAGGCCAGGCGUGUCAGGAAAGGACUCAUUUUUCAUCUCUUCCAAUUAUGUCACUUUUUUCCUUCUAUAAAUUAUAAAAAGAUAUGAUAAUAUCUAUUUGUUUUACAUUUACAAUACAAAAUCCCUUUAAAAUAGAGAUUUUGCAAUAAAUAUGCAGAAUAUUUACGAAUGAAUUGUUUUAGAGCCUUUUCGUUGGCAGAAUCUGAUAUAAAUUUUAGCUCUUCACCUGGGAAAAAAGGGGUCCCAAUGUGGUUUGAGCUGAUAGGUACAGGUGUGUGAGGACACACUCAUGCUGUCACAACCAGAUGGCAGGAGGUGUCAGGUGCCCCGCAGUGGUGAUCAGCCAGGCUAGUGAUGAGAUGCAGAAAGAAAACAAAUCCAGGACAGUGUACUACAAUGACGAUAAUAAUAAUAAUAAUAAUAAUAAUAACCUGUAGUGUUGCUCACCUCAUGUGCUCUUAUAUAAUAUUAACAUGUGCCUGCCGCAUGAUAUAGAGUCCAUAUUUUGCUGAGUGUCCUACAAUAAUGCAGGUUAUUAGUUAAUUUACUUUUGAUAGCAAAAAACAAAAUAUUUAAUGUAAAAGUUGUUUACCAGGUGAAUCAGCUCACACGUUACCAAGUGUCACAGGACCAGAAUCAGUCGCUUCCUUCAUGAUGUCAUCUAGCUCCAAGCUCACAGCAGCAACACACGUGUAGCAAUAAGCUAUGAAACAAAAACAUAGAAGAUGUUAAAACUCAAAGGCUGUAAUGAAGAUCAAAUAUGAUUAAAAACAAUUCACCUUUACUACACCUGCAAGGCUUCAUGUUAGUCUGGACCAUUUGUAGCUGCAGCAAUCAGUCUGACAGCAGAUUUCUUGGGUUCAUUUUGUUGUGUGGUGGGGUGAGCACUCUUCAUCUCUAUAACAUCUUUGAGCUCUUCAUUUCAGGAGAGGGAGCUCACCAGCUGCAGGGUAUUAGCAAUCAGCGGCAGAUGCAGCUUCUCAGGUCAUCUGCAGCAGAGCUCUAUUUAAGAAGAGAGGGAACCACUACACAGCGCUGGAUGAUUAACUACUCAUGGUAGUAUUUUGGCCACCUGUUCUAGGUUGCUUGGUUUUCUAAGUAGAUAAUUGGCUGGGAGAAUUUCUUGGAUUAUUCUUGGACUCUUGUGUUGGAUUUUUUGGACUCAAGUUUUGUAUCCUCUCUCCAGGAUCACUGGACAAUCUUCCCUGACGCUCUGGGUUUGUUGGAUAUUAUCCUCCAUCCAAGAAGCAGAACCUCACUGGAUUACUCACCUGGAAAGAACCAUACCUUCCUGGACUUCACGGUUCGCCUCUCCUCUUAUUCCUCUGCCACCCUGCCUGGCUCCCUCUCCUGGACUCACCCCGUCACUCCACCUGCCCUCCUCGACCUCCUCCACCUGCAGAACUUGGACUCUCUCUGGCUCCAACUACUCUGGGUUUAUUCCAGGGACACCUUUUGUUAGAUUCCUUAAAUAAAUCAUUGUUUUGAACUUUUCCCCCCGUCUUGUGAUGAUUCUUCAUGUCAUGGGUUAAACACAUUCCCAGGAACAUGACACAAUUGGCCUGAAAACAAAAUUAUAUAUAACAUCAGUGUUGUGGGAGGUCGCUUCCAGAGAUGAGAAACAUUUGGAGAGCGGAGUGAGGAUGGAGCUACAGGUCUUUCUGUUACAUCAGGAGGCCCUGAGGUUAAAUGGGAUGUUAGUGAGUCUGGAAAGCUACUCCUCUCCAUUGGUAACCAGCAAGGCUGAGAAGUGAGAAAAAAACAAAAUACCGAGUACAAUAUUAUUUAGAAUGUUUUUACGUGGAACAGUUCAUAGAGCUUGUACUGUCAUUCAGGCCUAGUCCACACGUAGCCGGGUUUUUUUAAAAACGAAUAUCCGCCCCUCCAAAAACCUGCAUCCACACCACCUCGUUUAAAAAAAAACUCUGUCCACACGUACCCGGAUAAAUACAUUGUUACGAACAUGCCAGACCUGUAGGUGGCAGUACUUCCCCCGUUCUUAACCUCGUCCUUCAUCUGUGGUCUUCCACAAGGAGCAGUAAUUCCACUUGCAAGAACAAACAAGCAGAAAGCGCUUGGACAAUUGAUAAAGCGAGCGCAGCUCUGAGGGCUUCCAUGCUGUCGGCUAGUGCAAACACAGGUCGCACACGUGAUGUCAGCAUUUUUUAGUCGCGGAAAGUGACGUUGCGGACCUUAAAACUCCGGUUUUGUCUGUCCACACGCAGACACCCAAAACAGAGAAAACACAGAUCUUCACUUUGGCCGGAGUUUUUAAAAAGAUCCUUUUUCGUGUGAAAAAACCUCCGUUUUCGUGUGGAUGACAGGCCAAAACGUAGAAAAAUAUCUACGUUUUGGCAGAUCCCCGGCUACGUGUGGACAGGGCCUCAGAUGGAAGCUGCUCAGAAGCUCUCCACCACACCUGGGUCUGUUCAGGAGUUUAGAAGCUGCUCUGGGUGGAAUUCCCAUCAUGGUCCCAGUGUCAGACACACUGCUGCUGGGAGGCUAUGUGAAAUAUAAAGAAAAAGCAAAUAUAUUUACUGUUGUUUUUUAUAGUUGUUUUUAAGAGCAGCAACACACGUGUAACAAUAAGCUAAAAUAAUUACAUGUUAAAGGGACUUUACAGACUUUUGAAUUUUUAUGCUCGCGAUUGCCCCCUCAGGCCAAAAGCGUAACGGCAGCUUCAAUAGUAGGCUCGUGCACGAGGCGCGCAUGCUGUACGUGCACACUCCUUAACGAAAAUAACAGCUGAGACAGUCCCGUGUGUGUGUGUGUGUGUGGCCCGGAGGACAGAGGACAGGAGAACGCGCAGCUAAUUAAUUAAAUAAUUUGGCUCUGUACCUUUCUCUUCAGCACAGCCGACAAAGGUUUAUGAUGGGUCAGUCCUCCUGCAUGCUCAGAUCUUUCCCUUCCCUUGCUUGAAAAAUUGUUCCAAAAUGAAAGUUGAUUUAGUCUGAUUUAUCUGUGAAUUCAAUGCCGUUCGGUGACUCUCAAAUAAAAAUUUGGGCAUCUUACUGUAAAAAAUAUACCAUUAAUGUAAAAAAGAAACUCUAAAUGAACUAUGUUCACAUCCAGAAUCAAACCCAGGUCUUCUGCAUGGGAGUCAGACAUCUUACAAGGUGAGCUACACUCUAGUAACAUUUACAGUAUCUGUAACGUUUAUAUCCUUGAUGACAGCUGAAACAACGUCAAAACAAAGAACAGUUCGGAGUGAAAAUGGCUAUUUUGUUGCUAAUUUGCAGGAAAUAUCUAGAAGAAAGUUCUACAGAAAGUAGCUAAGGGUCUUUAGAAAUGUAGCUAGGUUUGUCACUAGGUGUUAGGAACACUACCUCUCUCUCUGCUGCUAGAGCUACGGAUAGCAAAUUCUACGAGCUAUGCCUGAGCGUGAACGCGCAUGACUCAGCCUGCUCGACCCGAGCAUCUCUCUUUUUCUGUGAUUUUACAGAAAAACAGGUAAUCACAGUAAAAAUGCCAGGGCUCAUUCUACAGGACCAGGGCAUUGCAGGAGAACGUAGAAGAAGACAUUUAUUAUUUCUAUACAUGUUUUGGCUGUCAAACUUCCAUAAUGUCCCUUUAAAACUAGAAGAUAAAGAAAGACAGAUAGUUAAAAAUAACUCACCUGCAAGGCUCUAGCCUGGACCGGUGCAGGCUGGUGGAGGACUACAUCAGUCUGACAGCAGAUUUAUUGGGCAGAUUUAGCCUGAAAAUAACAAUAACACCCAUGUGUGUCAACAUGUUCAGAUUGUUGUCCAUACAUUGCACAUCUCCCUGUGGCUUGGAUGAAAGAGAUCAAAGGACAGAUUGACUUAGUCCUCCUCAGAAAAAUAGGACUCCAUUUGUGUGGCCCGAUGCUGUGCUUCAGCCUGCAGGAAAAAAAAGAGGUAUAAAUUAGUGAGCAAUUAGCACAUAGAUGUCUCCAACAAGCUUUCAGUCACAAAUCAAUUAUUGUGCAGAGAUUCCAUGGAUAUUGUAAUAUAGGCAGAAACUGGAUCUUUCCCUGAAAGAUAUCUAGCCCCCCAUAACUCGAUCCCUGCUCCUGGAUGAAAAACUGGACAUUUUGAUCAAUGUAGGACCCCCCCCAACCGCCAUUAGUCCACCUCCCGAGGCAACCCAAGCACCUCCGGAGGGGGGCAACGGCCCCCCCAGUCCCAGACACCCCCAGUGAACCCACCUCCAGGGAACAUCCGGAUACUCCAAACUCAGACCCUCCACCCCCCCCCACCCACAUCAUCCCGCAGGACAAUAUCAAUGGUCCCCCAUCAUCGCUAUGUCAUGGAACCGAUCAAAGGAGACCAGAGAGAUAGAUCUGAAGUGGAAGCAGAGGCUAAAUCAAGUGUAAUAUGAUCUAACAAAAGAUUUCUAUACUGGUUAAUGCAGAGAGUUUCUCUAUUUUUCCAAUUCAAGAGGAUAGUUUUCUUAGCGAUGCAUAUGGCAGUCAGAACCACGUGAACCAAAGAUGUUUCAAUCGGGACAUCAUCCAGGUUUCCCAGUAAACAUAACAUAAGAUCAGUCUUUAUGCAGAUGAUGUUUUACUCUUUCUCCAGAAUUCUCAAUCCUCUCUCUCCCAUUCAAUAGAACUGAUAAACUCUUUUUCAAGAGUUUCUGAUUACUCUAUAAACUAGUUAAAAUCCACAGUUCUUCCAAUUAAUUUCUCUUUUGUCAGUUUGCUUAAUACACAGUUGGAGUCAGGGAAUAUCACAUACCUGGGAAUUAAUGUCUCUCCCAAGCUGGCAGAUCUAACCAAACUAAACUACAUCCCACUUUUAAAGAAAGUGGAAGAUGAUCUUGCAAAAUGGAAAUCCUUACCUAUAUCACUAUUGGGGAGGGUUGCUACAAUUAAAAUGAUGGUCUUACCUUAGCUAUUGUUAACUCUUAGCUACUGUUAAUGCUAGCUUGAGCUACUUUAAUGCUUACCAUAGCUAUUGUUAACUCUUAGCUACUGUUUAUGCUAGCCCGAGCUACUGGUAACCCUAGCCUGAGUUACUGGUAAUGUCAUGUAGAAAACACCACAAAACAAUGUUGUAGUGCCACUCACAUUCCAGGAUGUACUUGGAAUAUCCAGGUAAUGAAUGGAUGCAAGAUAGUCCAAGGCUUGCAGUACUUGUCCUUUUCCUCCUUUGUCCCCGCUCCACAAACCACCUGACACUCUUUUUGUCACUCGUGUGUCCUCACUUCCAUAGUAUUUGUGAAGGGAAGUUUCUAUCUAUCUAUCUAUCUAUCUAUCUAUCUAUCUAUCUAUCUAUCUAUCUAUCUAUCUAUCUAUCUAUCUAUCUAUCUAUCUAUCUAUCUAUCUAUCUAUCUAUCUAUCUAUCUAUCUAUCAUCUAUCAUCUAUCUAUCAUCUAUCUAUCAUCUAUCUAUCAUCUAUCUAUCUAUCUAUCAUCUAUCUAUCUAUCAUCUAUCAUCUAUCUUACUAUCAUCUAUCUAUCUAUCUAUCUAUCUAUCUAUCUAUCUAUCUAUCUAUCUAUCUAUCUAUCUAUCUAUCUAUCUAUCUAUCAUCUAUCUAUCUAUCUAUCUAUCUAUCUAUCUAUCUAUCUAUCUAUCUAUCUAUCUAUCUAUCAUCUAUUAAUCUAUCAUCUAUCUGAAGUAAAAUACAAAGCAAACACAGGAAGCAAGGACAUGUGUCUUUAGGAUAGUGUGUGCUAUUAAAAUCCACCAGAACAAACAAAUGGAAUGAAACAAUAACAGAACAAUCUAACAUCACGAUUAAAACAUAAAGUUAUUGCGAAAUACACAUUAGUCACUCAAUUAUGUUUGUCACAACAUAUUAAUGCUCCUGCGCCUCCAACCAAAGAAGAUAUAAUGUUCAUAAUACUUAGUCUGAUUUAAUUAGAGGGUUUAUAAUUAAACAGUAUUUAGGUCAAGCAUACUCCUAUCAGGAGGUAUUUCAUAUUUCUCAUCCAAAGCAGAAAGUGGCGGUUAAAACAGAUUAUUAGCAAUGAGCAGACAGCUAGAUGUACCUUUCAUGCUUGUAUCAAUUCCUCAGGGCUCUGUGCUAUAUCGCACAACUCAGUGGUUUCUGUCAUGUCUGCCUCAUUAAUACACAAACUACAUUUCUGUCAAAUUGCAACUGUCAGUUCAAACCCCCCUUGGAAGGAUUGGGGAAAGUGUUGGUGAAGUGAGGAGCAAGGUUGCUCUCUAUUUUUAAUGUACUAGUUACUCUCAUGUUCACCUAACUCAGGAGGAGGUGUUGAUUGACAAUACGCUGAAAUAUGAUGAAGGGUAGCAAAAUAUUUGGAGAGAUUAAAAAAAGUUUUAUUAGAAUUGAGUUUAGUCCAUGAAUUUUAAGUAAUUGUUCGAUGAACUUCAUGAACUACUUUUUCUGGCGUUUUGCCACUCUAGAUGGUUUUAUCAGUUAUGCAUUACUAAAAUGCUGUGCUUUGAUUAGAUGUCAACCAAAAACUUCUGACUGCCUAACUGGCUUUUUAUUUUUUAUUUUUUUUUUAGAAAAGACCAACAUUUAUUUUUAGAGAUAUCAGGUGAUCAGACUGGCCCUAAAGUGUCAGACUUAUGUACAAACUCACUUCAGAGGAUUCAUCUGUAAUGUUAAACCCAAACUAGAAAAAUUUGCAUUUAUUGCACAAAUGCUGUUUGAAUGCUGGAUAACUGAAACUGUAAGCUGAAGCUGAUGAACAGCUGAACUGAAGCUGAAACUAAGCAAUACUGUUAAAAUGAGCUGAAUGUAUUGAAAGAUGUAGACGUAAAAAGCACCAACAAGCAAAUAAAGCACAAAAAGUGAGUGAAGAAUGGGGGGAAGUCAUCUUAAAUAGCAAAAAACUGAAAUAUGUGAACAUUGUAUAAAAAUUUUGAAUAACAUUUCUAUAUUAAAGUAUGUUGAUACAGUUGUGUCUAAAAUGUUGUUAAAUGUUGUUGCUAAGCACAUUGCCAUGGUAACGCAGAACAAAAUAUCACGUUAAUAAGAGACUCCUGGGACCAAGCAGGUUUAAUUGAUGUAUCAUAUGUGUGGGUGCAUAUUUCCUUUUAGGCAGAAAACGAUUGAAAACUUUCAACCAAUGAAAGAGCAGCGAAGGAGGAGGGGGCGGUUCCUGCCUUUUUUUCUUUCUUUUUUUUAACCGUGUCCUGUCUGGCUGUGAAGCAAGCAGAAUUGAUGUCUGAAUGCCACCCCCUCCAAAAACUUGCAUCCACACCACCUCAUUUAAAAAAAUAAAUAAAUCCACACGUACCCGGAUAAAUACGUUGUUAAGGACAUGCCAGAACUGUAGGCGACAGUACUUCCCCCGUUCUUAACCUCGUCCUUCGUCUGUGGUCUUCCGCAAGGACCAGUAAUUCCGCUUGCAAGAACAAACAAGCAAAAAGCGCUUGGACAAUUGAUAAAGCGAGCGCAGCUCUGAGGGCUUCCAUGAUGUCGGCUGGUGUAAACACAGGUCGCACUCGUGAUGUCAGCAUUUUUUUGUCACGGAAAGUGACGUUGCGGACCUUAAAACUCUGGUUUUGUCUGUCCACACACAGACACCCAAAACGGAGAAAACGCAGAUCUUCACUUUGGCCGGAGUUUUUAAAAAGAUCCAUUUUCGUGUGAAAAAACUCUGUUUUCAUGUGGAUGACAGACCAAAAGAUCCCCGGCUACGUGUGGACAGGGCCUAAGAAGAUGCUUCUUGAUGCAGCAGAUAUGUGAUGAUUUAGCUUGUUUCUUUAGUUUACUCCAGAAUAAGAGAUUAAAUUAUUACAAAAGCAGUUCAAUGUUGUUAAAUUAGUCAUUCAAAUGAUUCUAACAUGCUGCUGCUGUGUGUGUGUGUGUGUGUGUGUGUGUGUGUGUGUGUGUCAUAGCUUUCCCAAAGGACUUGUUCUUUCCUUACCAGAGCUAACACGGUUAGCAGUGUUGCUGCAGUCAUGCUAACGGGACUCGUCUAGAGUCCAGAAGUAGCGGUGCGGUUCUAGAUGGAUUUAUAGAUGUAGGUUAUUAUUUUAGAUCAGACCUGAUAUGUAAAAAUGCGUGUAGGACACGGACAAAUGGCUCAGACCUUUUGCUGCAGCCGUAAAUGCAAUUUUAUGUAAUAAUUAGGAGCAUGAAAGUAAACAAAUUACAGUUAUUCACAAUGCUAGCAUCAGCAGCUAGCUUGUUUCACGUGCUGGAGUGACGUAUGCGAAACACAGUUCUUCACUGUCUGGAGGAGAGGAUUUAGAUUUUCUGUAAUGAUUUAUGACAAAAGUCCUUAACAAAAUAAAAAACUGAACCCAGUACAUGUUUAUAUAGAUGGUAAAGUGUAGUUAUUUUGCAUUUCUACAAUAUUAAUGUCGAGCCAAUACCUUUAACCCUUCACCACUGAAAUCAGUUUGUUCAUUCCAAUCCUCCUAAAUAAUCCUCCAAUCAUCCAACUGGAAUCCUUAAGGGUCCCGUAACGUCCAUCCUGUCAGAAUAGACUUGGGAGCCCAGUGUUACUAGAACUAAUGGUGUCUCCUCACCAGCAUGAGCCUCCAAACUGUGAAGGUUGGUCUCCAAACGAACUUUAAAUUCAUGCAUUUAUCUCCUCUUGUAACACUUUAACAUGUUUUAAAAGGCUUGUAUCAUGAUAAGUUACACCUCCCAGACCAAAGAUAAGAUAAAAUAUUAUCAUAAAUACUGUAGAGACGUCAUUAUUUAUGAAAUAUACGUUAUUUUCCUGAGCCAUUACUUCAGCCAAGAUUUAGGAUGCAUGGAUUUGAUGAAACAACACUGUCACAUGCAAUCCUGUGUGUAACACACACACACACACACACACACACACACACACACACACACACACACACACACACACACGCACACACACACUUACACACACACACAGAUAUAAUCUAAAAGAUGAUCUCUAUAUUUCAACAUUAAAACCUCCAUGACAUCCUGGAUUAGUGCAAACAACGAGUUGAGCUAAGGAGUUACUCCAGCAUCAGGAAGAUUUAUUCUGGUAAAUUGUCGGUUAAAUAUUUUCCAGAGUUAUAUCAAUAAAUACACACAGCAGUAAAACUGUAGAUUACUGAACUAUAUUGGGACACAUGAUGGAGCUAAGACCAGCUGAGAACUCGUCAGCUUAGAGCUCCCAGUGGAGCACAGAAAUGAAAUAUUUAAGAAAAGUAAACAAACUGUACCGAUUUUGGUUCUGAAGAUGAACAGAAUCCUCCUCUAUGUCCAAAUCGGGUCGCAGGUCUUCUGAGUCAAACGGUCUAAAACAUGUCUGCACCUCUGGUAGUGAUAUCCAGCUGGCGGGGUCGGAGUUCGGUUGAACUUCUCCGGUAAACCAAUAUCCAUUCUCGUCGCCGUAUACCAGAGAAAAAACAAAUCUGAUGGACUAGUAGAGGCUUCAGAAGCUACAUCUGACUGAUGACACAAUGUUCUCUGCUAUAACGCUAACGCAGAAACACCGGAGUCAGGCGUUGUUUACUACAGCUGUUUCAGCAGAGCUCCAUGUGAAACGCCACCAGCUGCCCAGGGCUUAGACCGGAAGUUAGUUUCUGUUUUUCCUUCGCCGGUCACAAACAUCAGAUUUUCUUAGAAUUCCAGCAAUCAAAAUCCAAAAACCUUUUUCAUCUGAGGUUUUAAUACACAUUUACACAUGCUGUUCAAGCGAAUUUUGCCUCUGGCCGAUAUCUUUAAAUGAGUGAGUGAACCCACUACCAAGGAUGAACUCUGCUAACUUUAAAAAUCAGCUGCUCUAAAUAAGCAUGAAGGUCAGAGAGGAGCUCUAGGAUGGACAUGGAUAAAGGAACUGUAAUGUAGAGGUAAAGUAGGGCAGGGCCAAGGUUAACAGCUGUCAUACAGUCCAUUUGAAAUGUUUGACUUUCAUUUAGCUUGUUAUGUGACAGGUUAGAGCACAGUCUCAUGUUUGAGUUUUGUCAUGAGAACAUUGAGAUACCUCACAUGCUGAUGGCAUCUAAAAAUUAACAUUUUUCCCCAAAAUAAAGAAUAAUUUUAAUCACAAUUGAAACAUACAAUCUUAGAAAAACCUCGUCCAAUCAAUGUGCACGUCCUGUUCUCACUGAUUGGAUAGAAAUCCUUCCAUCAAACUGUGUGUGUAUCCGUGUGUGUGCGUGCACACAUGAGCGUGUUGUGAACUGGUGUUGUGGUUUUGUACUGAUGUUACGCUGACAAAAAUGUAACUAAGUAACUUUUACUUUAAGUACAUUUUAUUUACGAUACUUUUUACUUGUACUUGAGUAAAAAAUUAUCAAAGUACUUGUACUCGCACUUAAGUAGGAAAUUUUAGUACUCUUUCCACCUCUGGUCAUUUAUCAUUUAAGAGCGACAGAUGGUAAAAAAUCUGAUUCAACAUGAUAAAACUCAAAACCUUUGGUCAAAGACACAAAAACCACGUUCAGGAGAGAACACGUGAUGUCAGGGUAAUGUUUCCAGGCAAAAUUACCCACUAAACAAAACUGAUCAAUUUAAAAAAAACCUUGUUUUUUCCAAAAAAAUUGAUUACCAAGAGCUGAGGAAAAUGGUGCUACAACAGUUAAUUCCCCUGAUGGUUUCUACACCGGAUUAAAUUAAUAGAUGGAGGCCAUAGUUCAUCACACGCUGUGGGUGGUGCAGAGGGAGGAGGAGAAAAGGAAAGAAGGUUGAUGAUUUGACAGACAAGCAACAGGAGAGGAACUGAAAACAACAAACCAAACAGGAAAGGCUACAAUUAUUUUUUGUUUUUUGGUAGAUCUGCAUUUGUGUUCUCCUCGACGUCUGUCUGUCGCUUCAUCUGAACCAACUAAUGCUGCAGAUAAACACUGUGCAGCCAGCGACGCCCCUCCCCAUUCCUUCUCUCCCAGGGCAUUCUGUUGUCGACUUUACUCCUACUUAUUUACAUCAGAAUCCUCCCCUGCCUGAAGAUAAAAUAUGUUUCUGUGGAAGGUGAGUGCAACAGGACACUUUUCAUCAGUGUUUGGAAUCCUUGGACAUCUCUCCUCUGAUUGGCUAACAGCACCAUGACUCUACCACUGACUGUUUGCUCUGCAACGUUGAUGGCCUGUAUUUGAUAUAGCGCCUUCUAGAGUCCUGGAACCCCCCAAGGCACUUUACAACAGUCAUUCACCCAUUCACACACACAUUCACACACUAGUGGGGUUGAGCUACGAUAUAGCCACAGCUGCCCUGGGGCUCACUGACGGAGGCGAGGCUGCCGAGCACAGGUGCCACCGGUCCCUCCGACCACCACCAGCAGGCAAGGGGGGUUAAGUGUCUUGCCCAAGGACACAACAGCAACAGACUGAGCGGCACUUGAACCUGAAACCUUCUGAGUACGGGUUGAGCGCUUAACUCCUGUGCCGUCGUCGCCCCAAAAAGUGUUUCAUCUCCGCAAAUAGCUCAAGCCUGGAGGAGUUCUGCUCAGUGGUGGAGAAGCUAGCUCAUCAGUCCAGUCAGAUGUAAAUUUUAUUUCUCCAAAUUGAAAAUGUCAGGCAGCUGCCAACUAGUGGGAUCUGUAACUGUUUUAGUUUUUGAAAAAAAAAAAAAAACAUUUUUCAAGGGUGAAAAAAAAACCUUGAGAUUUCCAACAAGUGACCAUAGAUGCAAUUAUAAACUCAGUCAGUUCUGCUGAACAUAAGAAAGCUGCAAGCAGAAUCUUACAAGAUCAGUUCCCUUUAAACAUUUCACUUCUCAGAGGAAACAUCAGGUAUUUUUUGCUCAUAGCGUUUUAUGCCUAAUGGUCAUGAUAAUUUCACUGCAAACAACUGCGUUCAGAGCAUUGAUUCUAGCAUGGAGAGUAAGAACGCUUUACGCUGCAUAAGAUGUGAACUAAGGAGAAAACUCCAGCAGCCAGCGUCGCUAACAACAGCCCCUGUGGGGAGGAAGAAAACAAAGAUAAGCAGAAACUCCAGCUCAGGUCUGUUAUCAUUGAACCGCUCCACCAUUAACAGGCUACCAGCAGGAGUCGAUGCAGAACAAAAACAUACAGUUUAUCACUGAUCGGUGUUGGAAGGGAGCAGAGAGAGAUGAAACUAAUCUAUCCACAUCAUCAUGUAAAGAUCCAGUUAAAUUUAUUUUCUGGCAUGAUUUGUUAACAGAUGCUGCAGCAGAAAGGUGAAAGUCUGAUUGCACACAGCUGCUGUUUCCUGCCGAAUCAGCAAGCUUAAGCCCAAAAGAUCUUGUCAUAUACUUCCUCUGUUCUUUUGCUUAUGGCUGCAGCUUAGUGACACUCAGAAAAUAAAUGAAAUCAAAAAUAAACAAGGAACGGGAGGGGCUCGGAGUAGACCCGCUGCUCCUCCACAUCGAGGAGCCAGUUGAGGUGGCUCGGGCAUCUGGUCAGGAUGCCUCCUGGACGCCUCCCUGGUGAGGUUUUCCGGGAACGGCCAACCGGGAGGAGACCUAAAGGUAGACCCAGGACACGGUGGAGGGACUACGUCUCUCACCUGGCCAGGGAACGCCUUGGGAUUCCCCCGGAGGAGCUGAUCCAAGUGGCUGGGGAGAGGGAAGUCUGGGCCUCUCGACUUAGGCUUCUGCCCCCGCGACCCGACUCCGGAUGAAAAUGGAUGGAUGGAUGGAUGGAUGGAUGGAUGGAUGGAUGGAUGGGUGGGUGGGUGGGUGGGUGGAUGGAUGGAUGGAUGGACAAAUAAACAAAUAAAAAUCCACGUUUCUCCGUCAGCACUUCCAACUACAUAAAAAUGUUUAAAGCUGAAAUGUGAAAAUAAAAUGUUUAAAAAAAAAUUUCCACCAACUAGUGCCUGAAGUUUCUUUUCAGUUUAAUUUUUUUAUUGAUAGAAAAUAUUAAACACUGAUAUAAUCUAAAAUAAAUUAAAACUCCUAAGAAAGUAAUGUUAAUAGUAUUUUUAUUGAAAUCAUACAUUUUUCCACAUUUAAAGCAACAAAAGAGUUUUAACAUUUUAAGUUGAUGCUAUCAAACUGGUUUCAGUGGUUCUUGAGCCGCUUCACACUGGACAGCACUCUGUAGCCUCUGCUGACCAGAAACAGUUUAGUGGUUUGGGUGGGUCCACUAGCAGGUGCUCUCUAACUACAAUAGUUGUUACUGAGCCUGUAGCUCAUUUAAAGACUAGCAGUUAGCUAUUUAAGUUUGCUGACCAUCAAUAAAAAGGACAACAAGAAGAAGAAGUCUGCUUUUUGGUUGGUUUCAAAGUCUAGGAGUAAAAGCAAGAGAUAAGGAAUAAGUAGUAAUUGUAAUUUGUACCUUUUUCUUCCAAAGGUGUCAGGACCCAGAGAUAAAAAUGGAGGGUUUUUCUGAAUCUCACUUGUGCAUUUUUUGAACUGGGAACUACAGGAAGACCUUGGUGAAGCUGGACCAUGUCAAGCUUUACAUGGAACUCCCGGAACAAGAAAACGAGGUUCCCUUCUGGAGCUAUGAGCUAGUGAGUGGCUUCUUGCCAUUGGCUGGAAAGUCAGGAAGGUAGACUCACAUGGACCCACAAGCUCCAGGGAUGGAAAGUGAUGCAAAUUGGAAGGCUGCGUGCAGAAAAUAAUGGAAAUUAGGUGCAAUGAUUCCUGGGACAAAGUGCCUAACAAAGUACGUGUCCUACUGGGAAAAAACCCAGGGGUAGCUGCAGGCCUUCCUAGAGGGGUUGUUUAUCCUCUCUGGUCAGGGAAUGCCUUGGAAGGUCCCGUGUGUUUCAGGGAGAAGGAAAGACUUUGGUUUUUUGGGGGGGGGGAUGUUUAACUUCUGUGACUUUAAUUGGGGGUGAUGAAUCGAUGAGCUAGGCGUUGUCACACUGAGGCGUUCUUGAGGUCCCAAAGUAUAGACUGGACGGGAGAAAGUAUAACAAAUAAGAGUGAAUGCUUUGAGGAGUCCCUCCUGGAUAUCAGAGGUCGCCUGAGCAGGCCUUGGGUGGACAUGGCUAGCUCGAGCUUUCUGAAAGAUACUGAAACUGUCAAGAAUAUAACUGUUGAAAUCUCUUUAUGUGGGAGGGAUUUAAUGCAAAUAACUUCAUAAACAUGCUUUGUAUCGAUCCUAUUACUCUUUUAACUUCAGAAAAGGUCCCUUUGACAUUAAAAAACUGUGAACAAUCCAAGUGUUAAGUUCCACUCUCGUUUCCACUCCAAAGGGACACUUUGGGACAACUCCUUCACUUUCCAUCAAUCUUUAUUAUUCCAGUUAAGUGAUUAAUGCAGUUAAGACAUUAGGCUGAUAACCUUCAAAGUACAGAGACAAGUGUUAGACGUCACAUCAUUUUAUACAAAAUACAAUAAACAGAACUUUCUAAACUAAAUCUUCCUACACUAAAAGUGCAAAUGAAUAAAUUAAAGCAUGACUGAAUCGCUUAAAUUCAAUCAACGAAUCAAGGUUUCAAUUCAUUUUAAAAAAGGGAAAUGAAAGCAUCAAGUGUAUCAAUGACAAUGACAAAUCAAAUGCCUACAUGCUUGAAAACACCUGUGUUUAAUCAAACUAAUAAGCAACAUGACUUUAAUGGUCAACCUAAACAACGUAACAUCAUAAACAAAGUAAUAUUCACCAACCAUUGGCAUCUUUAGAGUCAACUCAUGAGUAGAGCUUGCUUGGUUGUUGUUGUUCCUUGUUAAGCCUGGUUCAUGCUUCUCCGUCAGCUCCGCAAGGGACAGACACGCACGGAUUGACGGAAGUGUUUUGCUCUCAUACUUCUCCGUCUCCUGGAGAAUGUUGCAAAGCAGUUGCCCGGCAGGACAACAGAGGGCGUAGCGCUGUUCUGUGGUAUCCUGUCAUGUAUCGGUCCAAGAUAGUGUGUUUAUAUUGUGUUUUUUGUGUAUAUAAGAGACUUUUAACACGGACAUAUUUGUCUCUCAUUCUCCCACCUCUUCAAGCGCUGCCCACCUCUAAACCCACGUUUCCUGUCAUUUCCGUCCACUAAUAAAACGCUUGCUGCGCAUCUUUUCACUCCUCCAGUCACGGGAGAAUUAAACGUUCAUAUUUUUAGAGUUUUUUCACGAGGUAUUCUUCAAGCUUCUCCGUGUUUGCCGCUAGUUAUCCUCGGUUCUCUUUGCAAUGGCGGCGCUGUAAACAACAGCGGCGUCCUGACCAAUCACAAGCUUGCAUAAUCCGUCUCGUUCGACGGAUGUUUAAAAAAGUGGGCUCGACUCCGUACGUACUUGCGUGCCCUACGCAAGGACGGAUAGUGGCGUUGCGUGUCUCCGCACUGACGCAGACGAAGAAGCAUAAAUCAGGCUUUAGACUGACAACAGAACACCCACCAUCUUUGCCCAGGUGUUUUUCAUCACCAAUCGGUGGCCAUUUCACUGGUGCUUUCUGGGGGCACUAUCACCUCCAAUUGUUCCGUUUUAACUAAACACCGAGAAAAGAAGAAGAUCUGACAAAUAAGCCAAGAAACAAAGGACUGUAACUGUUGGAAGGGUGACUGGUGAGUGGAAGUAGCUGGGCUGAUUGAGGAAAUAGAUCACAGGAGCGUAAGUGCAAAAAGAGAUUAAAAAAACAAAAACAAAUGAUAAAAUAUCAGUAAGGAAAAAACCAACACAAGGAACAAACAAAGCCCUGAGCACUGGAAUAAACACGGAAAAAGGAUGAAUUAUCGCCACCAACGCCCUACAUUAUGUCAAGAAUGGCUCUGUGGGUGCACAGCGGUGGCCCUCUGGAAGGAACUAUAUAAUUAAUAAAUAAUAAAAUAUAUUCUUUUCCAGCUGAAUGUCUCCCAGAACAUUAGGAACUAUGGGAUUCCUUGUCAAGCCGUUUAAACAGGCUUGGUGUGAACAUCACCGACAUAUUUAGUGGCAUCCUCCAGCGUUGCAUAUGUUGGGGUGAAUGAGCACUCACUUGGAACUAUUUCUCCUCCGUCUGUCUGCCACUGACUGAGAAAGGCCCAAGACAGGUGAAAAAAUAUGCACCCAUAAAAAAUAACUGGCUUGUCAUGAGCAGUUGCUCCUGGCGCUUAAAACGGAAACAUUAAUAAUUCAGCACAUACGACGGCUGAUUGUGUGUUACCAGGCUGCUGGGGUUAUUGUAUAUUUCAGCGACUCAUUCACAAAUGCAUGCACGGAUUUUAUUGUGCACUUUAGCUUUAAUCACUCUGUGAUCACAUUGUGUCGGAUGCUGUCAAAAGAGGUGCAAUAUCAGCAUGUCUCUCCCAAAACGUUUGUUUUACGAAUAAAUCGUCUUUUUGUUAACGUGCCACAUAAACAUUCCAAUAUGUGCACGGAAACGCGUGGUGGCAUGUUUACCACAGCUGCUCGCACACCGGUCAUAUGAGGGCUGGAAGAAAAUAAGGCUUUCAAAUGUGUGGGGGCAUGUUUGCGCUUCAAAUGGUGGCAAAUAUGGGUUCAGAAAUACUAUAGGGGAUGUUGCUGUUGUCGGACAUCAUCUGUGAGCUGAAGAUAACUGAGAUGAAAGGUUUCUUCCAUCUACUGAUACGAGUUUUCAAAUUCAGGGAAAAAAAGCAUUAUUUUUUAUCUUAUUGAACAUUUUUAGACCAUUUGUUUUGAUUACCUUUUAGAUCUUGUCUUUGAAAUAAUUCUGAUGUGCAUCUGAACUCAAUCAAUCAAUCAAUCAAUCAAUCAAAUUUUAUUUCUAAAGCGCUUUUCAAACAAAGUGUUAUUCAAAGUGCUUUUACAAAAUGUCUCAACCACAGCUUUGUCUUUUACUUAUUGAACACCAAUAACUAAAAUGUUCAUUUUAGCUCACUUUGCUAAGUGUUGCUCAACUCUGCUGAAACCUUUUUGUAGGUUGUUGUUUUCCAUCGUGGGUGGAACCGAAUCCUUUUUUUCGAGCAGCGCCUCGGCCCAGAAACAAGCCGAUGUUAACGGAUCAGGUAGCAUCUAAUGGGCCAUUCCCAUCUGUACCGGGUCGGCCCAGGCCGGGUAGCCCCAGUCGGCCCCAGCCUGGCCCGGUUGAUUCCACACAUCCUUGCCUUAAGCCCAUGUGGGCUGAUUCUACCCACCAAUCAGAGGCUUGCUCUAAUGGAAGGUGUGAAUUUGCUGUCAGCAGUGGGUGUGUUGGCCCUGGUCGGCCUGAAGCAGACCCCCUCGAGAAGAGGGCUGAGAAUGAGCCUUGGUUGGCCCGGAAAAAUACCAGGCCACCCAGAUGUGUAAACAACCUACGCUACCCGGCCCGGGCCGACCUGGUACAGAUGGGAAUGGCCCAUAAAUAAGUGCACAGAUCCUGCUCACAUCCAGUGGCGGAUUUAGCAAUUUGGGGGCCCAAGGUGAACACAGAUAUUGGGGCCCCCUUAUACAAAAUUUUCGACAUCUUUAACUGGAUUUGCGAAACUCUCCCCUCUUCUGACGUGAGUUAUUUUCACUUUUUAUUAGUCUUCCUCUUUUUUCCUGUCUUUCUAUCCCUUUGAGUGCCUUCAGUAUUUGCUCUGCUUUCUUCUUCCUGUCAGUGCUCCUGUGCUUUUGCCUUUAUUUUGUUUUUCUUCUAUUUUCCAUUUUGGUCUAUGUUUUCCUCCCUUUAAACAUUUUCCAUUGUCUUUCCUUUCUGCUUCCUUUUGAUGUUUACAUAGAAAAAUGGAAGUGAAGAAAAAAGCUUUUUUAAAGUAAGCUGCUUCUUUCUCUUAUUGGAGCCACUAGGAUAACUCCAUGGCAUGCUUAAUGUUUUGACUAUUGCUUUGAGUUUGUUACGAACGCUCCCGCCUCUCUUCUUCUUGUUCUGUUUUCUCUUCUUUUUCUAAUCUGUGGUCUUACGGCACUUGGCAAACAACAAUUUGGUGCAUUACUGCCACCAACUGGAUUGGACUGGAAUGACUACCAAUCACUUCCUGUUUGUGCAUUUGCGUCUUAAAGGAAUAGUCCAUUGUGGCAUUAACAGAGGGAUGCCAGCAGUCAGGGCUAGGGGGCUCCGCAACAUGAGGGGCCCCAGGCGGCCGCCGACCUAUGCCUAACGGUAAAACCGCCACAGCAUGAAAAGAUUAAAUCUUUGUUACAAUUUUGGAAAUACAUGAUCGUGAUCAAAUGUACGAUUAAAAUCGUGAUUUAGAAAUCGCAAGCAUGAUUUCCAUUUAUGAUUUCUAGAAGAGUUCCAACAUCAAUGUAUGCCAUACAUUGAGUAAGGUAGACCUUAUUGAAUGUCCAUUUAAAAGGGACAUAUUUUUGUCUUAAGUUAUAAUAGUUCUGUGGGUGAUACCCAGUGUUGGGAGUAACGCCGUUUAAAAUAACGGCGUUACUAACGGCGCUCUUUUUUAGGUAACGGAAUAAUCUAAUUAAUUACUUUUCCCACUGUUGCAACGCCGUUACCGUUACUGGGGACGGAAGGUUGUGCGUUACUAUGUGCUUGUCGAACGUUGAGCAACAGUGUGAGGCUUUCUGACCGCCACACUUCAGCUGCAGCCAGGGAGAGAGAGGUGUCGGUAACGCACUUACAAACACGAUGAUGAUUGGCCGGGCGGGCGGAGACCCUCACUGUCUCAGUCACUAACUGCUGUAGACACAACAGAGCAGUGAUGGGAAUAACGCCGUUUAAAAUAACCGCGCUACUAAAAAAAUAUUUCUUUCUGUAACGAGCAAACUAAUUAAUUACGUCUUCUUUUAACAAAACGAUCGUUUCUGUUACUGGUAAGGAAAUGCGUGCGUUAAGCAGCGCGGUGUGUUGAAGCUGUCAUCAGCUGAUCAGGAGCUAAAGAGGCAGAUGUUUUCAUCCAAGAGCAUCACGGCCCGUGAAGAACGAGGAAGACGUGAUGAAUAUCUACGGCUGCAGACCCGUGCUCUUAGUGUGACAGCGGGACGUUUCGAGGGUCCGCUCACCUGUUCACCGCUCAGACAUCCUGAUCUUCUACCUUCCUAGAUUAUCCAGCUGUAACCUGUUUCUGAUCAUGUCUUUAGUCCCGCUGUAACUCUGAUGCAUCAGUCUCAGACGUCAUGGAGCUCAGGUGUUAUUAGAACUACCUGUGUGUGUUUACCACCCAGCUUCAGCUCUUCUGUGUUUGGGUCUGACCCAAGUUGUGCCUCUUCUAGUGUCAUUUUAAAGGAUUUUAUUUAACCAUUACUAGAUUAGCAGCAACAGAAAUGCUGCUAAAAAACACACAAUUAUGUGAAGCUGGAAAAAUUAAAAUACUGUGCAAAAUUCAGAGGUGGAAAGAGUACUAAAAUGUUGUACUUAAUGAAAAUAUAUGUAACUCUCAUAUAAGCUCUUUUAUUAUUCAUUCUUACAUGCUACUCUUUUUAUUAUGGGAUCAUGUUAUACUGUUAAAGGCCUCUCUGUGUUUCUCUCCUGCACAAGCUCUUAGAACAGCUGCAGGAACUCCAAAAGGGAGAUGUUUCUGCUCAUCUUCUAAUUACAAGUUCUUGUGACAUGUUAGAUCCUGCCUAACAAGGCAAUAUAUAUAUAUUUACCUUAAAAGCUCAUUUUGUUAUUCUAUGCUAUGGAAACUCGCUCAGAUACUCAAGGCCUCCACACAAAGAUUAAUAGCUGUGUAUCUUUUCCUGCACCAGAGAAAGGAGUGUGCACAUUCCAUCUACACUCAGUGCCUCUCCGCACCGUGAAUGUAUCUUCUCCUGUCAUAAAUGUAUCACGAUGUUCCUGGUACUUUCAAGGAUAAAUGUUCUAGACUGUCCGCUAACAAGGCUGUUAUUUUCACCUGUCAUAAUCAUUGACGUAUGUACAUGGCAAACUGCGUAUGUAACAUUCCUGUAAUCUUCAAUAAAAAUCAGCCGUUUCAGCAGAACGGCGAGAGUCUGUCCGAAGCAUCUGGCAAGAGCAGGUCGCGGGACUUGCUGCAGAGACUCUCCCCCUCAUGAGCGGCGAAACAGUGAA